UCAUUACAAAUGGUGUUUUCAUUCAUGGUGACUAAUAGAUGCGUUAGGUUCAACUUGAUUUGACGUAGUUUUUCAUUGUUUUCUGACUAGCAUUCGAUUAAAGAUGAUUUAUUACAAUCAUUGUACUUCGGGUGAUGAAAAGUAAUAUGGAUUUCACGGGAUUGACUCCGAAUGCUACGGAUUCCGCCGAAUGUAAGGAGAUUCUACUACAAUUGAUAACAGCGAUCAACCAGUUACAAAUUCGAAAUCGUUUUAAACAAAAAAAUGAGCAAACAGCCUCUGAGGAUGUGCCCAAAUUUGGGUGUUCUUCGGAAAAACUCGCACCAUUAUAUCAAUGCAUCGGAAGGAUUUUCUCACAUAAAAUUAAGCUGUUCAACGAAAAGAAUGCUCCCGACGUUUGGAAAGUGAUUGAGGGACUUAAGUUCUCGAAUCCAUCCAUUUCAUUAGACAUAAAUCAAACUUUGCAUGGCGUUACAAUAGACGAUAAAGGUCUACUCUGGAUAUUCCAAUGUGUGGAACAAUGUUGUCUAUCGGAAAAUUUGAACUGGCUUAUCAAUGAUAAUGAACAUAUGGCAAUGUGCUACGAAUCAACAGCUUUUCUACGCAGUGACCAGUAUGCAGAAGCAAUGAUGAUUUGUUUCAAUGCUAUGGAAAGAGGUCAACCAGCACUAUUGUCACAAAUCAAUCAAAACUUAUACGAUCAAGAGCAUUGUGUUAUCAUUGGCACUAUCAAGCGUUCUGAAUCUCAUCCAAAUCUGACGCUCUCGAAGAAUAUAUUUAAACCAUCCAACGGAAAACAGAUUAUCAGAAGACGCCAAACGAUACAUCUCUCGAAAUUCAGAAGCGAUAGUCGAUUUAAAAAGAGGAAUAAGUUAUCUCGAAGUUUACCAAACAUAGCUUUGAAAGACCAUUUUCAUGCGGUUAAGAAGAAACCACCCGACUGCAUUGAUGCAAAGAUGUUGGAUGGAUAUAGCGAACCAAACGUGCCAAGCUUUAAUUAUACUGAUAAUAGCGUUCCAAAGCCGGGGCUCAAUAUACUGAAUUGUGAAAAUAUCAAAAUCUACACGGAAUCCACGAGUAGUAGUCCAGAAACUCAAGGAUGCUGGCAAAGACAUAAAACGAUUAAGAAAUGUGAUGUCGGCAAUCGAUCGGAUAUGUUUAGUUUAGCAGCUUUGACCGAUAGCUCGCGAGUCUUGCUGAACGAUUUCAUUCCGCAGUGCGGAGAAAAGAUAAUUAAAACUGCCGAUAGUAAAAUAGCUGGUAACAUAUUGAGUGAUCUUCCAUCCCGUCCAGUUCCAGGACAAAGUUUAACUUCAUUUUUGAAGACCGUCUAUUUUUCUCGCACUAAUACCGAACUGGACAGAGAAAAUGCUCAUUUCAGUCUAUCGGAAGCGUUGAUAUCAACAUUCGAGCAGCUCAAAUGGAAUGAGGGUGAAACGAACAACGGCCACAAAGACUAUCGAAAGCAUACAUCCAGUUCAAAUUUAUGGUCUUCUUAUCAAAGUUCCCCGCAGUUUCUCAAUCAAGCUAGCAAGUCGACCAAUUCUAUUUCGAACAAUGUGAGUCCAUCUAACAAUUCCAAGGGGAGCACUUCGACGGCAAUUUCAUCGUUCUCCGAUAGUGGAAGCAGUGUUGGAUCGGUGGGAAUGUCUUCUGGGUGCAUCAAUCAUAUCAAGUCGAAUCCCGACCAGCGUUUAGAUGAUCUGGAGGCAAUGGAAGCGAGCGAAUGUGACGAUAUGAAAACAUACUCCGCGGAAGCAGUUGCGCUCAGCUUACUAUCGAAGUUUAACGAAAAACAACUGCCAACCGCAUGCGAUUUGUUGUGGCUGGUUUCGGAGCAGGACACACCCCAGCAAAUUUUACCUAUUCCUCCGCAUGGUCAGAUUGUGAAUCCCGAUGAUUAUAUCGGACUGAACACGAUCAUUAGAGGCACCAGAGAGUGGGCACCACCAAGACCCCAAAUCAUCUUCACUUACAGCAGUCCAUCGCCAGACCGACAAGCACAAAUGAAGAAACAAAAUUAUCGAUGCGCCGGCUGUGGGAUGAAAGUGGCCGCUGCAUAUUCUAACCGUUUUCGGUAUUGUCACUAUUUAGGAAAAUACAAUUGCUCGGGAUGUCACAAAAAUCAGAUGUCAGCCCUUCCGUCAAAGGUCAUCGAAAGAUGGGAUUUCGCUUUUCAUCCCGUGAGUACAUUCGCGUAUCAUUUGUUGAAUGAUAUCGCCGCAUGCCCACUCUACCGAAUCAACCAUCUCAAUCCGAAGUUGUUCGAAAAAAUUCGCAUUCUUCAGGUAGCUCAAAACAUUAGAUUGAACCUCCGAUACAUAAGGGAUUUCAUAUUUAGUUGUCGCUUUGCGGAAGAUUUAAAGUUGUCGUUCAGUCACAUUCCUGAUCACAUAACUUCGGAUUUGGAUAGCUGGUCUAUGUCGGAUUUCAUAUCCGUUGGGAAUGGCUCUUUCCAGAAAGAAAAGAUGGAUUUUAUGAGGCGAUGUGAGAAACAUAUUUUCAACUGUGAGCUUUGCAUAGCGCACGGAUUCUUUUGCGAAAACUGUGAUCGAAAGGAAGUGAUAUUCCCGUGGCAGAAGCGAAUAGUCAAAUGUGGCAAAUGUGGCGCUUGUUUUCACGAGGCAUGCGUGACACCGAUCUGUGUUAAGUGCGACAGGCUGUUGAAACGUCGCUCCAACAAGAAGUAGUGCACAAUAGACAACAUUUCAGAUUUA